UGCUUUUCACAACACACAUCGUUUCAAAGCAGCUUUACAGAAGAUCAUGCAUUAACAGAAAAUGAAACUGUAAUAUCUAUAAAGUCUUAGAGUCAUCAUUGUGUAGUUUGAUUAAAUAUGAUUGUAAAUUGAGUAUAAAAAUAAGUAAUUAAAUAAUAAUUGUAUUUAUAACCCCAGUGAGCAAGCUGAAGGCGACUGUGGCAAUGAGCAUAAAACUCCAUAAGAUGUUGAUUAAUGGAGAAAAAUAAUGUUUGGAGGAACCAGACUCACUGUGGGGGCCAGUUCCCCUCUGACUAAACAACAUGAAUAUAAUGACAAUAUUAGUUAUUGAUGUGCAGUGCAAGUAAGUGUUAAGGGUCAGUGUUUAAACAGAUUUUGUAUGAACUGUAAGAUUAAUGACUAAUGUCUCUGAAGUUCAUCCUGGAUUAACUGCAGAAGUUCACAUUGAUGCAUUGUCCUUUGUUUUGUUGGCAAUUAAUUGAUAGUCUAUGUAUUCCAUUAUAAGAGUGUAGUCCAUCAGUAGACCGAGGUGAUGCAGGCAGAGAUCAGUGAGGUGCAUCACAGUUCAACUGGAAGAUCAUUUCGGUGAGGUUCGGUGGGGUCCAUCCUAAGUCCAAGGUUCAGACAGUGGCAUAUGAAGAAUUCCAUGUCUUAUGGUUGGAGUUGGCAUCAGUUCAUCCUCUGAAGUCCAUCGUAAUAGACUGAAGUGAUGUUUGCCUGGCACCGGCUGCAUUUAGUCGUCAUCACUCAGAGACGCAUAGCAGUGGAGUCCAACACCAAGCAGGAAUGGAGCUGGAUCUGGCCGGUUCUGGUGACCUCAGGAAAUGAAUCCCGGUGUUGAGAUGUGGAAACAAAUAGAAUAAUAUUAGCGUAGAUGCCAUUCAAUUAUAUGCAGAGUUAUAGAUUAUGAUCAAUGUUUCUGGUUCCGGCAGACCUAACUAAUGCAGCCUAAUUGUGAGUUGAAGGAUAAAUUAGGUGUUUAUCUGGCUAAAUAGAUGAGUCUUUAGUCUAGACUUAAACUGAGUGUGUCUGCAUCCUGAACAGUGUUAGGGAGACUAUUCCAUAGUUUAGGAGCCAAAUAUGAAAAGGAUCUACCUCCUUUUGUGGAUUUUGAUAUUAAUAAAUAUAUUUUAACGGCUUAUUUUGUCAGAAUUGAGUAGAAGGAAAUUUCUGGCCAUCCAGUCUUUGAUUUCAUUGAUACACUCUGCUAAUUUGGAGAAUUGUGAAAUCUCAUCAGGUUUUGAAGAAAUAUAAAGUUGGGUAUUGUCGACAUAACAGCGGAAACAUAUUCCAUGAUUCCUGAUAAUAUCUCCCAGGGAAAGCAUAUAUAAGGAGAAAAGCAGAGGCCCUAAAACUGAUCCCUGUGUCACUCCAUACUUUUGUUUGAUUUAACAAUUCUUCAUUUACACAGACAAAGUGGUAGCGGUCAGAUAAAUAGGACCUAAAUCAUGCUAAUGCAAGUCCACAAAUGCCAACAUAAUUCUUCAGCCUAUUCAAGAGAAUAUCGUGAUCUAUGGUGUCGAAGGCAGCACUAAGAUCUAAAAGCACUAGAAGAGAAAUGCAGCCGCGAUCAGAUGAUAAGAGCAAGUCAUUUGUAACUCUGAUAAGUUCAGUCUCUGUACUGUGAUGGGGGCUAAAUCCUGUCUGAAAUUGUUCAUAUAUACUAUUUCUCUGUAGAAAUGAACAUAGUUAUGAGGACACUACCUUUUCUAGUAUUUUUGGCAUAAAUGGUAGAUUUGAAAUCAGUCUGUAAUUAGCCAGUUCUCCAGGAUCAAGCUGUGGCUGCUUAAUAAGUGGUUUGAUAAGUGCCAUUUUAAAGUUUCUUGGGACAUGUCCUAAGGAUAGCGAGGAGUUAAUAAUAUUAAGAAGAGGUUCUGGGGGGCCUGGGUAUCUCAGCGAGUAUUGACGCUGACUAUCACCCCUGGAGUCGUGAGUUUGAAUCCAGGGUGUGCUGAGUGACUCCAGCCAGGUCUCCUAAGCAACCAAAUUGGCCCGGUUGCUAGGGAGGGUAGAGUCACAUGGGGUAACCUCCUCGUGGUUGUGAUUAGUGGUUCUCGCUCUCAAUGGGGCGUGUGGUGAGUUGUGUGUGGAUCGUGGAGAGUAGCAUGAGCCUCCACAUGCUGUGAGUCUCCGCGGUGUCAUGCACAACGAGUCACGUGAUAAGAUGCACGGAUUGACAGUCUCAGAAGCGGAGGCAACUGAGACUUGUCCUCCACCACCCGGAUUGAGGUGAGUAACGGCACCACCACGAGGACCUACUAAGUAGUGGGAAUUGGGCAUUCCAAAUUGGGAGAAAAGGGGAUAAAUAAAAGAAGAGGUUCUGAGAUUACAGUAAACACCUCUUUUAAGAGCUUAGUUGGUAUUGGAUCUAACAAACAUGUUGUGGCCUUUGAUUUUUUGAUGAGUUUUGUUAGCUCUUCAUGAACUAUGACAGCAAAGGAUUGAAGUUGCUCAUGAGGAAAAUUAUGAGACACUGUUUUCUGAGGUGCUGUGACAGAUGAUUGCAUAAUUCCAAUUUUAUUUCUGAUUAUUUCAAUUUUAUCAGUAAAGAAACUCAUGAAGUCAUUACUCUUGUGCUACGAUGGAAUAUCUGGUUCAGUCGAGGCUUUAUUCCUAACCAAUUUAGCCACAGUACUGAAUAAACACCUAGGAUUGUUGUGGUUAUUUUCUAUGAGUUUGCUCAAAUAUGCUGACCUGGCAGCUUUCAGUGCCUGUCUGUAGCUACAGACACUAUCCUUAUAUGCACCGCAAAAUACCUCUAAUUUUGUAUUCUUCCACUUGCUCUCCAUUUUCGGAGCUGCUCUCUUGAGAGCAUGAGUGUGAUCAUUGUACCAUGGUGCAGGGCUUUUUUCUUGAAUUUUCUUUAAUCGAAGGGGGGUGACACUAUCAAGAGUGCUAGAGAAGACUGUAUUUAUAUUUUCUGUUAUUACAUCAAGUUCUUCUAGACUUUUUGGCUUACUGAGUAUGUGAGACAAUUCUGAAAGAUUUUUAGUGAAGCUAUCUUUAGUGGUCGAAAGAAUAGUUCAACUGAACGAUAGCGUGUUGUAGAUUGAGUGACAUUAGCUGAUCGCAGCAAACAAGAGACGAGGUAAUGAUCUGAGAUGUCAUCGCUCUGCGGUAGAAUUUCUAUAGUAUCACCAUCAACUCCAUAUGACAGAAUUAAAUCUAGUGUAUGAUUAUGGCGAUGAGUUGGUCCUGUCACAUUGAUGUCACAUUGAUAGUUUUGUCUGACUCCAAGAGAGUUGAGAAUAUCGAUAAAUGCUAAUCCUAAUGUGUCAUUUUCAUUAUCUAUGUGAAUGUUGAAGUCACCAACAAUUAAAGCUCUAUCUACAGUAACUACAAGAUCUGAUAGAAAAUGUGCAAAUUCACCAAGGAAAUCAGAAUACGGCCCAGGUGAUCUGUAUACUAUAGAAAGGGCAAAAGACGACAGAUGAUAUAUAUAUAUAUAUAUAUAUAUAUAUAUAUAUCUGACGGUGUCACGUUAAGCAUUAUUAGUUCAAAAGACUUAAACUUAUAUCCUAUCCUCUGAGUAACACCAAAAACUUCACUGUAAAUUGUAGCAACACCUCCUCUUUGACCCUUCAGAUGAGGCUCAUGUUUAUAACAAUAACCUGAGGGAGAAGAUUCAUUUAAACUAAUAUAUUCAUCCGGUUUAAGCCAGGAUUCAGUCAAACAGAGCGCAUCCAAAAUAUGAUCUGUAAUAAUUUCAUUUACAAUUAGUGCUUUGGUAGAAAGAGAUCUUAUGUUUAGUAGCCCUACCUUUAUAUGAUGUUUAUCUUCAAUUUUUUUUAUAUUUUCAAGUUUGACCUUAAUCAUAUUUUUUCUAAAUGAUUUAGUGAGGGGUUUGUGUUUGGUAGUUCGAGGAACAGACACUAUAUGAUAUCUAGGUUAUACAGUCUCUAUGUGUUGUAGUUUAUGUGAUCUGUGUGACGUCUCAAGGCAGCUAGUAGACGUUCAGAUUAACCAGUUUGUCUGCUUCCUGACCUGGGCCCCAGUUAGUCAAAUUCUAUCACUAUUAAGACUAUGAGCCAAAUUACUAGAGAGGAGAGCAGCACCUUCCCUGGAGGGAUGGAGUCCAUCUCUCUUUAGCAGGUCAGGUCUACCCCAAAAACUCUUCCAAUUGUCUAUAAAUUCUAUGCUAUUCUCCGGACACCACUCAGACAUCCAUCAAUUCAGUGACACUAAUCUACUAUAAACCUCAUCACCACAAUGAGCGGGGAGGUGGCCAGAGCAUAUUACAGUGUCUGACAUCAUUUGUGCAAGUUCACACACCUCUUUAACAUUAUCUCUAGUGAUCUCCGACUGACGAAGCCGGACAUUGUUAGCGCAAACAUGAAUAAUAAUUUUAGAAAAUCUACAUUUAGCAUUAGCCUGCACUUGUAAAUUUGAUCUGAUGUCAGUCGCUCUGGCACCCGAAAUGCAUUUAACAAUAGUAGCUGGAGUCUCAAUUUCCACAUUCCUUACAAUAGAAUCACCUAUUACUAAAGCUCUUUCAACAUGAUUCUCAGUAGGUGCAUCACUGAGUGGGGAGAAUCGAAUGGAAACCCAAACAGGAACGGGAGAGUGGUGUCACUUUGCUGAGGUGGUAUGUCGAGCAUCAGUGCUGUCAGGAGCAUUCAUGAGAAGAGGAGUGCUGAGGAAGAGGAGGAGAUCUCAGAGGAAGAGAGGCCGCGGGAUUCAGCUGGUCUUCUGCAGAACCUGCAUCUAGAUUUGGACGCUCUGGGAGGAGGACUGCAGUAUGAGGACAGUGAGGUCAGUGGGACGGCUCCUCCUGAAGAAAGAACAGAACCUGAACUACAAGAUCCGGCCUUAUCUAGAGACCACAGUCCAGAGAUACCUUCAGAGGAGUCUGAGGUCAGUAAGCAGGUGAAGUCGCUCUCAUCCUCUGGUGACGUGCAGGCUGGAUUCUGCACGAAACUCUCAGAGUACGUAUUUGACCCGUUGGAUCUGUCACCUGCUAAAGAGGUCGAUGGAGAGAUGGAAACAGACAGCUGGAAGAUCUCAGAGUCUGCAGACAGACAUCUGUAUGAAGACGGGACGUCCGCUCAGAUCCUGCUGUUGCCGUCUGCUGCCUCCAAAUCUCUAGAGAACAUCAGCAGAACAUCCUACAACCAGAGACUUGCGACCGCUCACGGCAGAACCGACACCAUGAGCAACAUUACCACUGAACAUGAGCGACACGAGAGAGAACUGAGUGACAUCAGAGAGAGACAAGAACAUGAGCGAAGAGAGAAUGAGGAGAGAGAGCUGAAGAAACAAGGACAAGAGGUGGAGGGAAGAGAGAACACUCAGGAGGAAGAACAACACAGAAAGAGUGAUGAAGAGGAGGAUGAAGGGCAGAAGAGAGAAGAGGAGAGGAGGAGACUGGUGGAGGAGAUGAACAGGAGACUGGAGCUACUGAGAGCUGAUCUAAAGGAGGAGGAGGAAGAGGAGGAGCAGAGGAUGAAGGAGGAGAGUGAUGAGCAGAUGAGACUGCUGAGGGAGCAGAUACUGAGAAAGAGACGAGACGAGGAGGAGCGAUUGAAAAACGAUACACACACACGACUACAAAACCUCAAGGAUGAGAGUGAGGUGAAACUCCGAGAGCUGCACUCAGAGCUGGAGGCGGAGCGUGAGAGGGUGGAGACUCAGAGGAGGAGGAGUUUAGAGUGUUUAAGGGCGGAGUUGGAGGAGGAGCUCCAAGCUGAGAGGAAGCGCCUACAAGAGAAGAAGGAGGAGCAACUGAACUCCAUCAGACUAGAGGCUAAAUUGAGUGAUAGACAAAAGGAAUUAAGAAGUCCAAGACCAGAACAACCAUUAGCAGAGUACCAGAGAGAGCUCACAGAUGUGCUACAGGAAGUUCGGGAGGAAGUUGAGAGAGAUCACAGAAGAAAACUAAAACAUCUGAAAGAGGAACAUCAUCAUGAACUACAGAACCUGAGAGAGACACACCUGGAGCAGGAGAGCAGAGAGAGAGAAGGUUUGUUGAAUUCUCUUCAGGAGGAGAGAGACACACUGAUCUCUAAACAUACAACACAACUACACAAACUAAAGAACAUGCUGGACACACAACUACAGGAGACCCGCAGGACACACUCACAGAAGGAGACAGCGUUACAGGAGUUGAUGGAGAAACUGGAGAUACAAACAAAAGAUCUUCAAAUUCGAGAGGCUGAACUGCAGGCAAAGGCAUCAGAUUUGAGGAAGAAGAGACAACAGCUGUAUGAGGAAGGAAAUGAUGUUCAGAGAGGACUAGAGUGUCUGCCACGUGUGCUGCAGGAGAAUCGUGAUCUGCGUGAGGAGCUGGAGCGAGUGACAUCAGACCUCCAGAGAGAGAGAGAGGAGCGAGAGCGAGAGACAGCAGAGCAGAGCAGGAUGAUGCAGGAGAGAGAGCGCUUAGAGAAGAGAGUGUCAGUACUGCAGGACAGAUGUGAGCAGCUCACCUCCAGAGUCAGUGAACUGGAGCAGAAGAGCAGUGCAGCGUCCAGGACAGAGAGAGGACUCCUGGAGGAUGGAGUGGAAGAUGAGCAGAAGAAGAAGAAGAAGAAAAGAGAGAAUGUUCUGCAUCUGGAGGAUCUGGAACCAUCGGACUGUUCACCAGGAGACAGUGAUGCCAGCGUACAUGAUGUGAGGCAGUAUAUGUGGAAUGAGAGCUUGUCUCUCUUGAGAGCUCGACAGUUUCUGGAGAGACAGAGCGCACAUGUGUCAGACAGACAGGCAGCGCUGCGGGCCACUCACAGCAGCCUGAAGGACCCCACGCCUGAGAGCUCCACCCACCAGAUUUACAGCAACCUACAACAGGAGGUGAGGGAUCUCUCUGAGUUGAGAGAGACGCUUCAGAAGGGACAAACUCUACUGCAAGAAAAAGAAGAGAAACUCAACCAGCUGCAGACGUCACUGACUGAAGAGGUGUCGUAUGAGGGUGGCGAGAGAUUAGCUGAUCGGAAAGUGACGUUUGAUGUGACGGAGUCUGAGAUGAGCAGUGUUUACGGACCAGAGGCAACAGUUCCAGUGAAAGUGCAGCAGUUGGCCGAUUCUCUACAGCUGAUCUCGGGUCAGUUAAACUCUGUUUUAGGAGCUUUGGGUUCACUGACCCACAAACAGACUCCGCCCACUCUGAUCCCUCCUCUACAGUCCAGUCCCUCGUGGGCGUGGCCUGUGAACCCCGCCCCUUCCCUGUCCAAUGGCCACACACACGUGCUGCAGAAUUGCUGGAGCGGCCUGAACACAGAAACCAGCAGAACCCAUGUGAGCUACUCAGGAUACACACCGUUAAGUCUGUCGUCUCUGCGUCCGUCAGUAGAGGUCGAAGGUCAACGGCUACAGGGACUCAUUGAAGUAAAUAAACGCUGGCUGGAAGCUCAACGGAAAAACCACAACAUUCCUUUGUUUCCAAACUUCAGAACAUCGUCCUCCAGCGGUGGGUUAGUUCAGCUCAGCCUCGACGACAACAACCAGAUUAAAGUUCAUCAUUACUGAAGCAGCUCAAUCUGCCCUUAAUAAAUACACUAAAGGAAAUCUGAAAGCAGCUUGUGUUCUCAGGACAGCUAAAGAUCGCCUAUUGUGUUUUCAUGUGUUUUUAAUGUUUUGUUAUUUUAGAAAUAUACAUUUUACCUUCUUGGAAGCUUUACAAAAACAGGUGUUUUAUAAACUUUAGGAAUUUAAUUCUACUGUGAGUUUUUAUGGUUUUAUAGUUUCACGAUCAGACAGAUUUGUUGUAGCUUUGUGCAAUGUGCAUAUCUCAUUUGUACAAUAUUUUUGUAUACUUAAUAAAAUGACUUUAUGAA